GGGGCCGGCGCGGCUCGGGCGGGCGGCAUGGGGCGAUCCGGGGUGACCGCGCCGCUCCCGCCCCGCAGGCAUGGACGAUGGGUUCCUCAUGGAGGUGUGCGUGGACUCGGUGGAGUCCGCCGUCAACGCGGAGCGCGGAGGGCUGCUGCAGGUGGUGAAGCAGUGCGUGCGGGUCCCGGUGUUCGUCAUGAUCCGGCCCCGCGGCGGGGAUUUCCUCUACUCGGACCGGGAGGUGGAGGUGAUGAAGGCCGACAUCCGCCUGGCCAAGCUGCACGGCGCUGACGGGCUCGUGUUCGGGGCCCUCACCGAGGACGGGCGCAUCGACACCGAGCUCUGCACGGCGCUGCUGGCUGUGUGCCGUCCCCUGCCCGUCACGUUUCACCGCGCAUUUGACAUGGUGCAUGACCCUCUGGUGGCACUGGAGACACUGAUUUCCCUGGGCUUUGAGCGGGUGCUGACGAGUGGCUGUGACAGCUCAGCACUGGAAGGAUUGUCCUUGAUUAAGAGGCUUGCAGAACAGGCAAAGGGCAGAAUUGUGGUGGUGCCAGGAGGUGGCAUCACGGAGCGCAACCUGCAGAGGAUUCUGGAAGGCUCCACUGCUUCUGAGUUUCAUUGCUCUGCUCGCUCAGCUCGGGACUCAGGGAUGAAGUUCAGAAACCCGAACGUUGCCAUGGGAGCGUCCUUCUCUGCCCCCGAGUACUCCAUAAAGGUGGCAGACGUGGCCAAAGUGAGGACCCUGAACGCCAUUGCCAAGAACAUUCUGUAGUGGAGGGCCAAGAGCACAGAGACUCCAGGGUGUGCCCUGGCACACAGACUGAUGGGCACUGCUUCUGUCCUCAGGCUGCAGAGGAUGUGCACUGGGUGAUGGAGCCUGACACCUCUUCCCUUGCCUUCCCCUCAAGUCCCUGGCCUGGAAACAUAUGUUGGCCAUUUUAAAUAAAAGGACUCAUUUCCAGAUGUUGCAGCAGCAGCAGAUGUUGGGCAGCAUUUGGGAGGAAAGGAGAUGAGCAAGUAGGGGGACUGAGUUGUAUAGCACUGCAUGUGAUUGUCAAAUAAACACUGCAGCUGCCCCCCUCUUGCUGUGCUUUUCUAGAGUUUGUUUGUGUUUUCAGGUAAGACCACGACCCAUGUUGCAUAGCUGAAUUAGGACCCUGCUGUGCCAGAGAAUACAGUCACAUCCAGAAGGCCAGGGUGGGAAACACCAUGGCUACAGCUGGGAAACAAGGCCAGCUGUGGUCAGCCAGCAGCAAGG